UUGUAAUUGCUAGUAUUGGACACCAGGAGGCGAUGUUUUACAGAGGAAACACUGACGCAAGCUUUUAAGUUAUGACCCAAUCUUUAGGAAAUGCUUUUAUUUUGAAACUCCCACCGGAUGCAACAUGACGUGACGUUUUCUGACGCGGUUUAGAGGCGGAUCCACGCAGCAUCAGCGGGGUGUGUUUAUGUUCCCACGCAUGAAGGUGAGCAGGGAGAAGCGGCGGCAUGGUGAUGAUCGGACACUUUGCGCAUUUGGAGCGGCGCUGCGCGCAGUGAGUGCGCAGUGAGUGCGCUGGUUGGAGCGGCUCCAGGGAUGCUGCGGCUGCUCUGGCUGCAACCCGGGGCUGCGCCCUCCACCUCCGCCUCUCCACGCGUUGCCCCCCAUCCCAGUCUGUAAGAUGGGGACCAGUUUGUCCAGUCUGUCCAGUCUGGCAGCCUUCCAGUCGCUGCACAUCGUCAUGCUGGGUCUGGACUCUGCCGGGAAGACCACCGUCCUCUACCGGCUCAAAUUCAACGAGUUCGUCAACACGGUUCCCACCAUCGGCUUCAACACGGAGCGGAUCCGGCUGGGCGGCCCGGGCGCCUCCCGGGGCAUCAGCUGCCACUUCUGGGACGUCGGGGGCCAGGAGAAGCUGCGGCCCCUGUGGAAGCCCUACAGCCGCUGCACGGACGGCAUCGUGUACGUGGUGGACUCCGUGGACGCGGAGCGGCUGGAGGAGGCCCGCGCCGAGCUGCACCGGAUCACCCGCUUCCAGGAGAACCAGGGGACCCCGCUGCUGGUCAUCGCCAACAAGCAGGACCUGCCGCGGGCCCUGGACGUGGGGGACAUCGAGAGGCAACUGGCCCUGUCCGAGCUGAGCCCGUCCACGCCGUACCACGUCCAGCCGGCCUGCGCCAUCAUCGGAGAGGGGCUGGACGAGGGCAUGGACACGCUGUAUGAGAUGAUAGUGAAGAGGAGGAAGACUCUGAAGCAGAGGAAGAAGAAGUAAAGUUUAUAUGGAAGGAAAAACAUUUAAUUCCCUCCAUCAGAACUGGAGGAUCAGAGACACUGAAGACGGAAACUAAAGUCUAAAACUUGCAAGACAAGAAAUCUGACAUUUUUAGAUUAAUUUCAGGAAUUUUACUGAAAAAACCUUUAAAAUUCAGAGUUAAAAAAGUAAAACAAUUGCUAGAAAAAAAUAGAAAUUCUGAGAUUAGUUCCAUUAAUUCUCCAUAAAAAUCCUGAAAUGGAGAUUUUUGGAUUAAUCUCCAUUUCUGAGUUUUCUUUUCUAACCAUUUUUUUGAUUUUUCACAUUUAGAAAUGUUCUUGUUUUUUCUAGAAUAUUUUUUAGAUUAAGUUCCAGAUCUCUGAGGUUUUUUCUCACAAAUGUUUUGACCGGUAGAGCUCAGAAAUGUGAGUUUUCUCAAUCUCCUCCAACGUUUUUCUCUAUCCACAGUGGCCCUAACACACUGUGGAGACGUCUUGCUCUAAAACAUUCAUCAUAAAAUCUGAUUUAUGGAUAAAUUAACGUUUUGAGAAGAAGACGGACUCAGAUCCACGGUUUGGAUCCUUAAUCUUCCUCUCUUGUCAUUUUCUUUAAACAUUUUAUUUGUGUUCAAAACGUUGAAGAUUCAGACAAACUGGAUGUUUAACAGAAUAAUUAUCACUAAGCAUUCAUCAGUCAUAACUGGAUAAAGUCUAAAAUCACUAAAACCUUUGUUGGUUUUGAUAGUUUGCUGAAAUUGUUUCCAUAAAUCCAUUUAUUAAAAGUUCCAUCUCUAAUAAUUCCUGCUAGUUAAAUCACAGCAAAUCCUUAGGAAUUAUUAUUUUAGAAUAUUUUAUCAUUUAUUGUAACCAAAUGUUUUUAACUUGUUGCUGAUUUAAUGCAGACAUCAGGACAGAAAGUCUUCCUUACAUAAACUUGUAGUUAUGCAAAACCUGCAGGCUGAACCUGAAGCUGCUUCGUUUUAAAAGCUUCAGGAUUGCAGAGCAAACGGACUGGACGUCUGAACGACAUCACUUCCUGUCGUUCAAACGGACUGGACAUCUGAACGACAUCACUUCCUGUCGUUCAAACGGACUGGACGUCUGAACGACAUCACUUCCUGUCGUUCAGACUGGACGUUUGAUUCACAUCCUGAAUCGUGUCAAAGCUUCACAUCUGAACCAAACUAACAGCAUGUUGGUCCAGCUGGUGAAUAUGUGUAGCCCCCAGCGGUCAGUGCUCCUAGUUGCUCCUGGUUGCUCCUGGUUGCUCCUGGUCCUGGUUGCUCCUGGUUGCUCCUGGUUGCUCCUGGUCCUGGUUGCUCCUGGUUGCUCCUGGUUGCUCCUGGUCCUGGUUGCUCCUGGUUGCUCCUGGUUGCUCCUGGUCCUGGUUGCUCCUGGUUGCUCCUGGUUGCUCCUGGUCCUGGUUGCUCCUGGUUGCUCCUGGUUGCUCCUGGUCCUGGUUGCUCCUGGUUGCUCCUGGUUGCUCCUGCAUGGCAGCUGCUCUGAUUCCAGACAGUAUUUAUCUGUAUCUGUGUGUUGAAGCCAAACUACAGCGAGACCAAACCAUGUGUUGUAAAUGUUAGAAAGUAUUUUUGGGAUUAAAAUCUUUAUAAAUGA